CUCCAACAUAUUUCUUUACAGGAGCUCGCAUUUAAAGCCAAUGGAAUUAGUGGGAUGACCCCAAUUUUCAGAAGGGAGAAGAAAAAUGAGCCGGCCAUUGUUCUCUUUCAAAUUCGUCUUCUUCUUCUCCCUUUCUCUUGCCGCUUCAUACACUGUCACUUCAACCCCAACAUUCUACUCCUUCCGUAAGCUCAAACUACGUUCCUCCUUCGCCUCCCCAUCCGUACCGAAGGCCUCAGCCGCCGAUUUGCUCGCUCUGUUGGGCCCACCUCAACAAGCCUUAGCUGUCAACUCUCAAGAGGCGCGUCAGCUACGUUCUUGCUUCAAAUUCCUAGUUCCUUUUUCUCCGAGUUCUCAGACUCCGAAUAGACGCUCCUUGAGUUCGAAAUUGAGUGAUGAUCGAAGGAGUAUAAGCGAAGAGAAUGAGCUUAUUUGGUGGCCGCCGGCGCCGGUAAUGGAGCUUGCUCGGCUCGCUGUUGACUCUGGUGGUGAUACUGCGUCUAUUCAAAGGACUCUUGAUCCAACAGUCAUCCCUGUUCCUGACAUUGAAGGAUCAAAGGAAGACCGAUGUGAACUUACCAGAACUCCUUAUGGGAGACUGUUUAUUAAUGAGGAGAUAAAUUCAUACCUCGAAUCUUUGUUUGAAAUGAUUGUUGCUCGGGGACCCGGUGUUGGGCUGAAUGUAUCAUUGUCGCGCUUUGAUUUCUUUCAUGGUCAUGUCUUUCUUGCCAGAGACUCUGGAAGACUUGGGAUCUUGUUCCAUGCUAAGGAGUAUCCAGCAUAUGAUAAGGAAGUUUUUCCUUGCAACAUGGGCUACUGCCAAAUAGGAACUAAUGUUUCUUAUGACGAUUCAAUGAAUUUGCAUAACAUAUUGUGGCUAGCUCCAUUAGCUAGCAACUCCUCAAAUGAAUGGUUAGCACCAGGAGUCUUAGUUGUCCUGGAUGCACGUCCAACUGGAGUCAUAUGCAAGGACCUCAUACCUGAGUAUGUUCAAAUUGCCAGGACCCUGUAUGAAGAUGAUUUUGGGGACGUUGCUUUUGAUGUUAACUACCUAAACACAGGAGGUGAACCACCUAAGUUUCAAAUUUUCAUUUGCUGACCUCUUUGGAAAGGUUUGACUGUCAAUUAGCAGUUUCACGAAGUGAGAAUCCAUAUACUCAAUAGAUAUUGCUUAUCAAUGUCAUGUAAUUUCUCUGCCCGAAUCGAAAUGCAUCUUUGAAAUAUUUACUUGCAGCACUACUGUCAUCAGUAUUUGAUUCUAGCGCAUUCAAGUGGAUGGUUGUUUGGAAAAGGCAUUGUUUGAAGGAGAUAUUACUAUUAGAAUCGCGAGUCUUUAGUCAUUUAGUUUGUGAGGGGAAAUCCUUAUGACAUAUAUCCUCUCUUGAUUGUCCUGUGAAGCUUGGACAAUGAAACAAUGAUUGAACUGUGGGGUGUAGAGUAGGAUUUGUGGGUUCAUAGAAACCCAAUAGCUUUUGUUUAUUCCACGUUUAUAUAAUAAGAAAUCCAUUAAACAUUUAAUAUUUAAUUGUAAACUCAGUUAUUACUCUACAUUAAUUUGAGGUUGCUUAUGAACUUGUAUGUA